UCCUUGCCUCGACAUGUGAGACAAUCUCCAAAAAUCACACACACAGACUCUCUCUCUCUCUCUCUCUCUGCUUUUCCCAUUUCUUCAUCAAAGAGAAACCCCCAAGAAAGAUACCCCCUUCUCAUUUUCCAUUUCCGUUUGGAUCCCAGUUAUGAGCAACGAAUAUGAUUAUCUGUUUAAGCUUUUGCUAAUCGGAGACUCAUCUGUUGGGAAAUCGUGUCUGCUUCUCAGAUUUGCUGAUGACUCUUAUGUAGACAGCUAUAUCAGUACCAUUGGUGUUGAUUUUAAAAUCAGGACUGUGGAGCAGGAUGGAAAGACAAGCAAGCUGCAGAUUUGGGAUACAGCUGGACAGGAGCGCUUCCGGACCAUAACAAGCAGUUAUUAUCGAGGAGCACAUGGGAUAAUCAUAGUCUAUGAUGUUACCGAGAUGGAGAGCUUCAACAAUGUCAAGCAGUGGUUGAAUGAGAUUGAUAGAUAUGCAAAUGAUAGUGUCUGCAAACUUUUAGUUGGAAAUAAGUGUGAUCUAGUUGAGAACAAGGUUGUGGACACACAAACAGCAAAGGCGUUUGCAGAUGAGCUUGGCAUUCCUUUCCUAGAGACAAGUGCUAAAGACUCGAUAAAUGUGGAGCAAGCAUUCUUAACCAUGGCUGGUGAAAUUAAGAAAAAGAUGAAUAACCAGCCAACUGCUAACAAUUCAACAGGAACUGUUCAGAUGAAGGGGCAGCCAAUCGAGCAGAAGAACAACUGUUGCGGUUAGCUAUUCGCGAGUACUUUUAAUGGUGUCCCAAGGUUUUUAGGCAAAAACAUGCUGUUGACUUGGUAAUCAUAUGGAUCUCCCAGAAACUGCCAGUUAUGAUGUGCUUGAAGUUGUCUGUCUGUGAAAAUUCUGAAGUUUUAUCAAAGGGAUCUGGAUUCUAUUGAAAUGUAACCGAGAUGUUAAAUAUCUGAAAAAAGGCAACUGUUUAUCUAUCAGAAACAGGAAAGUGACUGCAAGGGAACGAAUGACAUGCAAAUUGGUUGGGAGAAAUCUCAAGCAGUGUAAAUGGUAUUUAUUCAAAUGCAAUUACAUGUAUCUUAUCAA